CAAUUCUCUUAAAUUAACAUGCGUAAAGGUCAUUAGUAUAAGGUCAGCUCAUUUCCUGCUUGAAAGUUGGUGUAAAUGCUAUCAUUAAAUAUUUUAAGCUCAGCCAUAUUUGUCUAAACAAAGUAUCAACCACACCCAAAAUAUGUCGCACCAGGUCUCCCAGUCAGCAAUACUUAUUCUAGUCUUAUGUGUUAUGGCAGAAGCGUUUGAUUUCGGAAAAUAUCAACCAUUAAUCCCUUCAAAUGAAGAAAAAGAACUGUGCAAAAAACACGCAAACGGACGAAAUUUAGAAAAAACGUAUAAGAAAUUUUGGAAAACUUGCUAUGUUUACUGCUUGUAUGAGAAUGGAAUAACUCCAGAAGUGUUACUAACUCCAAAAGGAACGCUUUGCUGCGAUUUUGUUGGAAUUGGUCCCUCUGGGGUGUGCAACAAUGGUGAAUGCGUACCCUUUUGGAGAAGUUAGAACUAUUAGCUGAAGUGAAAAAUAUUAAUGUUUUGUAGAGAUUAAUGUGCUUUUAAAUACGAUCGAAUAAAGAAAUAUUUAUCAAUUAAGACAACACUAUUUUUGAAUAUAAUAUGCAUAUAUUUCUGUACACAUUUUGAACAUGGCUUAUAAAAAAAUCUUCAUUGCUGAAAUAAACACGUGUAUUAGU